GUAGUUGUAUAGGUCAUAGCUAAGUUACCUCAGAGGUGUUUUGGACUAAAUCCUUGGGCAGCCUUACAAAAGUGGCUGGAGGCGGGUCCCUUCAAAUCCUGAACAUGGCUUAGAAUCGAACAAACUCAAGUUUGGUCUUGUUGGUCUUGUUAUUUGUUUCUGUACAUGGUCCAAAACUUGGCUAUUGUGCUAAGUGAAAGCCACAACCACACCCAUUUUCUAGAUUUUGGACACUGUGAAAUCCACCGACAAAAAGGUUCAGGCAUGCACCCAUUUCUUCCGUCAAAUUUAUUCCUAGACCCAGAAUUUUUAGAAUUUUAUUUCCGUUUUUUAACAGUUCAAUCUCCUCUUCUCUUUAUCUCUCUUUGUGCCUCUCGAGAUCCAAAGCAAGGAAGAAAUAAGAAACUAACUAGAAGAAGGAAUACAAGAAAAUCAGAAAAGAUGUUUUCUCUCAUGGCGAACUAAAUAGCAGAUCUAAAAAUUGAUGGAGAAAGAUCAUGAUGAUGGUGACUGCCGGUGGGUUGUUGAAGGUGCUAGAAGACAUGGGUCGUCGUUGGAUAUCAAUUCUAUUGGAAAUCGACUAUGACGAGCAAGGUUUUUUUUUUUGUGUGUGUGCUUGACAGGAAAGUGAUGAUGUUUGCGAUAGGUUGUUCAUUUUUUGAGCUUUUAAAUCACUGAAUUCCCGAUUUAUUGAGGUUCUUCUGCAAUUACAUCUAUUAGAACAAAUGAUUCUUUUAGGAGUUGAUUGUGCUGAUGAGAUUCUUUUAUUCCAGAUACACACAGUGUCUCAUGGCUAACACCAGUGGGAAGAAGCUUAUCAAAAUUGAUGUCAGUUUAGAUACCGUUUGCCCAUGGUGUUUUGUAGGCAAGAAAAAUCUUGAUAAAGCUAUUGAAUCAUCAAAGGAUCAAUUUGACUUUGAGGUUAGAUGGCAUCCGUACAUGCUUAACCCUUCUGCUCCAAAAGAAGGUGUUCUUAAACGGGAUUUCUACAGGGAAAAGUUUGGACCUCGUGUUCAACAAAUUGAGGUCGAAUGACAGAGGUUUGCCUCGAUCUCACUAUAAAAUCAGGGAUGGUGAUUUGUAUAGUAGCCAUCUCCAUUUUUCUAUUACAGGUAUUCCGUGGAAUUGGGUGAUUUAUCACGUAUGUAUGAAGCAUAUUUAGUGGCUGAUAAAUUGGCUGCAAGUAUGAUUUUCAUUUUCAGUUGUUGUCAUCUCAUGGUUCAUAAUUUUCCUAGCGUUUUUAGGGGCCACUCAAAAGGAAUUAGGCGCCAUUUUUUAUUCCCAUCCAUUGAAGGAGGUUAAGGGAUGUCUUAAAAAUAAAAAUUGUCUAUAUUGUUCUUCACCUUUA